AUGGAGGACGAACUGGACUUUUGCCAGUCGGGCUUCGACCUGAACUCCCUCACAGUCCCCCGUCUCCGCUCUAUCCUCGUUAACCACGAUAUUCCCUACCCUGCCUCAGCGAAAAAAGCUCAACUGAUCCGCAUUCUGGAAGAUGAGGUCCUCCCGCAAGCAAGAAAGCUCCUGCGAGAUCGCGAACGUGUGAGGAGAACAAGCGCAGGCAUCACCGAUAUGAGCAGUCGCUCCACUUCCGUCGCCAGUGAUGAUGAGGAAGAACGCGAUUCCAUGCCUCCACCGCGGACGCCAUCGACGGUAGCAUCGACAACCCGACGCGGCGGCACACGACGAAGUACUCGCGCAUCGACCGCGGAUACUGACGAAAAUCUGGCACCGGCUACACCUGCAACUGCUACGAAGCGACGAAGCGCCGUUCCGCGCUCAGUGGGUAAGCACCCACGUGCCUCCGACACGGAAACCGGCGACGACACUCUGGCAACUCCCGUUGUGGCUGUUAAUCCUUCCCCGCGCAAGUCUACAGCAAGGAAGAUACGGCGUAGUGAGGCACCGGUACUUCCUUCCACAGAGAUCGAUGAAACUACACCUGUGAAGGCGGAGCCCCGGGAAGAAAAUCCCUUCACGGACGACAAUCCCUUCCAAAGCGGAAGUCCCUCUGAUAGCCUGCGGGACAGGACUUCGAGUUAUGAUGGGAAGCGAAAGAGUGGCGGGCGAUUGUCUACGGAUAGUCCGGCGAAGAGCGGCUUGCGGUCUAGGAAGUCGGCUACUCCCACCAAUUUCAAGCAGGAAAAUGGAAUCAAGGCCCCCACGAGAGCUUCAUUCGACUUUGCCUCUCGCUUGCAGCCUCCCCAGGAAGAACCCGAGGAAUCUGAAGAAGAGGAGGAAGAGGAAUAUGAGGAGAACGAAGUUGGUAUCAGUGAAGAGUUCACUCCAGAAGAACAGCUUGCCAUGGAGACGGAGCAAUACGCGCCACUCACACAAGUCCGUAAGCGCAAGCAGAAGCAGGGCUCCACCAGCAUCAUCGCCUCGUGGCUCGUGAUUCUUAGUAUUCUUGGAAGCUUCGGUGCUUGGUGGCGCAAAGAGAAGAUUGAGAUUGGUUUCUGCGGUCUUGGAAAACCCACCUGGUCCCUAGCAGAGACCAAUGUCCCAGAAUGGGCCAAUGUUUUGGAGCCACAUUGCGAACCAUGCCCGCCUCAUGCCUUCUGUUACCCGGAAUUUGAGGCUCGUUGCGAGCACGAUUUCCUUCUUAAGCCACACCCUCUCUCGUUGGGAGGAAUCAUUCCACUUCCCCCAACCUGUGAAGCCGAUAGCGAGAAGGCACGCCGUGUCAAAGCUGUCGCCGACAAGGCUGUGGAAGAGCUUCGUGAUAGACGGGCUAAGUGGGAAUGUGGUCAACUCCAGGAAGAUGGAAAGGACGCGUCUCCUGAAAUUCCCGAACCCAAGCUCAAGGAGGAAGUUGCGAAGAUGCGCCGCAAGGGCCUCAGUGACACCGAAUUCGAUGACCUCUGGAAAGGAGCUAUUGGUGAAAUUCUUGAUAAGGACGAAGUUAUCAGUAAAACUGAGCUACAUUCCGCCGUCCUCGUCCUCACAUCAACAUCCAUUGCCCGACUCCCACUCACUUGCGCCGCCCGCCGUUACGUCCGACUCGCUCUCCUCGCGUAUCGACUCCCUCUUUCACUUCUAGUUGUGGGCCUCGUGGGUCUAGCUUAUGCUCGUGCUCUGGUUCUUGCCCGCCGCAAAGACAUCGCUCGUCUGCACUCCACGCACGCGGGGGGAGCAAUGGAGCCUUACAUCCCCAUCGGUCAGAUGCGGGACGAUGUUCUCCGUUCUGAGUUACACGGAAAACGGCGUGAAGAACUAUGGCGCCGCGUGCAGCGCAUUGUGGAGGGCAACGCUAACGUCCGAGCCGCCGUACGCGAAAGCCGUAGCGGUGAUGUUGCGCGGUCUUGGGAGUGGAUUGGCGGUAUAGGAGGUGUUGGGGCGUCCGGCGACGAGCUCGAAGGUAGCGCCCGUCGUAACAGUGCCCGGUUUUCCUUGUCUUCUCCCUCCAGUAACGUCGAUGCGGGCCAUCACACGCCUUCCGACGCCAAGGAAGAAUCUGCAGCAAGCCCUAGACAAUCACGCCGUUGGAACGAAGGCCGUGCAAUCUACUAA